CUUGAAAUAACAGAAGAAUCGCUUGUAUGGAAAGCAAGAUCUAUUGCAGAUAAACCCAAGAAAGAAAAAUAAAUAAAUAAAGAAGCCUUGCUUGGACUUCGUUGUGCUAUAUAUCCAGGCAAUCAUAUGCUCUUGAAGUGAUUCAAAAGCCUCACAUCUCUCUCUCUCAUCAUCCAUCAUCACCUUCAUCAUGAGAAUGUGGGCUGAGCAAAAGAAGAGUGUGUUCUGGCCUCUUCUCAUCACCAUUCUUCAAAUCAUGAGUUGGGUGUCAGCAGCAAGCAGGCUUUUUCCACGUGAAGUUGAAGUCCAAGCUCCAAGCUCCAUGCAAUCUGGUUGGGAAUCAAAACAGGGUUUCAAGAGCAAGGAAAUGGAAGGAGGAUUGCAUGAAGAGGCAUUUGAAGCGUUAGGGACACUUGGGUCAAAACCACCUAGCUGUGAUAACAAGUGUGGGGGAUGCAGCCCAUGUGAGGCCACACAAGUGCCCACCACCACUGACCAUUUGGGCAUUCAAUAUUCAAACUACGAGCCUGAAGGCUGGAAAUGCAAGUGUGGUCCUUCUUUCUACAACCCAUAGAUAACAGAGAGCUGCUUCCUAUCUUUCUUUCUUUUCUUUUCUUUUCUUUUUUUCUCCCCUUCCCAUUUUCCUAUGGAAACAUGACAUCUCUACUAUACAAAACCCAUAUUCAUUGUCAAAUAUAGACAAGUUAAUGGAAUUUUGUGGGUUGAAUUC